AUGGGCUGCUGCAGCUCCGCCUCCUCAGCCGCGCAGAGCUCCAAGCGAGAAUGGAAGCCACUGGAGGACCGUAGCUGCACAGACAUACCGUGGCUGCUGCUUUUCAUCCUCUUCUGCAUUGGGAUGGGAUUUAUUUGUGGCUUUUCAGUAGCAACAGGUGCAGCAGCAAGACUAGUAUCAGGAUACGACAGCUUUGGAAAUAUCUGUGGGCAGAAAAAUGCACAGUCGGAAUCAUUUCCACUCAGUGGCAUGGACCACACCCAUCGGAAGUAUGUAUUCUUUUUGGAUCCAUGCAAUCUGGACUUGAUAAACCGGAUCAAGUCUAUAGCACUGUGUGUAGCAGCAUGUCCAAGACAAGAACUGAAAACCAUAAGUGAUGUUCAGAAGUUUGCAGAGAUAAAUGGCUCAGAACUAUGCACCUAUAACCUAAAGCCGUCUGAAUAUGCAUCAUCCCCAAAAGAUCUUUGCCCCAGACUACCUGUUCCAGCGAGUGCACCUAUUCCAUUCUUCCAUCGCUGUGCUCCUGUGAACAUUUCCUGCUAUGCCAAGUUUGCAGAGGCCCUGAUCACCUUUGUCAGUGACAAUAGUGUCUUACACAGGCUGAUUAGAGGAGUAAUGACCAGCAAAGAAAUUAUAUUGGGACUUUGCUUGUUAUCACUAGUUCUGUCCAUGAUUUUGAUGGUGAUAAUCAGGUAUAUAUCAAGAGUACUUGUGUGGAUCUUAACAUUUCUGCUCAUCCUGGGUUCACUUGGUGGCACAGGUGUACUCUGGUGGCUGUAUGCAAAGCAAAGAAAGUCUCCCAAAGAAACGGUUAUUUCUGGGCAGCCUCAGAUAGCGGAGGCCAACCUUCGGGCACUCCUCAUCUACGCCAUUUCAGCAACGGUGUUCACGGUUAUCUUGUUCCUGGUCAUGCUGGUGAUGCGCAAGCGGGUUGCUCUCACCAUUGCCUUGUUCCACGUGGCCGGCAAGGUCUUCAUUCACUUGCCGCUGCUAGUCUUCCAACCCUUUUGGACUUUCUUUGCUCUUGUUCUAUUUUGGGUGUAUUGGAUCAUGACACUUCUCUUUCUUGGCACAGCUGGUGGCGCUGUUCCGAAUGAGCGAGGCUUGGCGGAGUUCAGAAUCUCAGGGCCUCUGCAGUACAUGUGGUGGUACCAUGUGGUGGGCCUGAUCUGGAUCACUGAAUUUAUUUUAGCCUGUCAGCAGAUGACUGUGGCGGGAGCUGUGGUGACCUACUAUUUUACUAGGGAUAAAAGGAAUUUGCCUUUUACACCGAUUCUGGCAUCAGUGAAUCGCCUUAUUCGUUAUCACCUUGGUACUGUGGCAAAAGGUUCUUUCAUUAUCACGUUAGUCAAAAUUCCACGAAUGAUCCUUAUGUACAUUCACAGUCAGCUCAAAGGAAAGGAAAAUGCUUGUGCUCGAUGUGUGCUGAAAUCUUGCAUUUGUUGCCUUUGGUGUCUUGAAAAGUGCCUAAAUUAUUUAAAUCAGAAUGCAUACACAGCCACAGCUAUCAACAGCACCAAUUUCUGCACCUCAGCAAAGGAUGCCUUUGUCAUUCUCGUGGAGAAUGCUUUGCGAGUAGCUGCCAUCAACACGGUGGGGGAUUUCAUGUUAUUCCUAGGCAAGGUGCUGAUCGUCUGCAGCACGGGUCUGGCUGGGGUUAUGCUGCUCAACUACCAACAAGAUUACACAGUGUGGGUGCUGCCUCUGAUCAUCGUCUGCCUCUUUGCUUUCCUGGUCGCCCAUUGCUUCCUGUCCAUUUAUGAAAUGGUAGUGGAUGUUUUAUUCUUGUGUUUUGCCGUUGAUACAAAAUACAAUGAUGGGAGCCCAGGCAGAGAAUUUUAUAUGGACAAAGUACUGAUGGAGUUUGUGGAAAACAGUAGGAAAGCAAUGAAGGAAGCUGGUAAGGGAGGUGUUGCUGAUGCCAGAGAGCUAAAACCGAUGCUGAGGCGAAGGUGA